UUACCCACCUGUUGUCUUGAUCUUCAGACCUGUGAGAAGCUUGUUACUUUGUUGCUGCAUUGUGCCAAUAACAGGCAAGCUAUUUAAGCUCACCCAUAACAUCAAAGGCCAGACGUAACAGGUGUUUAGGUUACAACUAUUAAUGACAGCCUUGUUAGAAUAAUUAAAAAAACACAGAUCUGGAAACAACACUUCAAAUUAUUAGCAGUGUUGUCUGUGUUUGUUCGAAUGUGUUGAAACAAGUGUCUCUCUUUUCAUUUUAAGCAAAUCUCUCUCCCCCAAUAGAAGUUCGAACACAGACACCAUGGAAAUUAAAGAAAAACAAGUCUGCUCCGGAGGCUAAAACUCAGAACAAGAGAAAAGGAAAGCCUAAAAAACUAGCAGAUCCACUCAAUUACAUGCAGCAAAAGUCAGUGCAAAAAGAAAGGGAAAGAAAAAUUAGGACUGAGCUGCAACACCUCAGCACAAUGCUGCCAUGUAGUAACUUGAACAACAGCCGUCUUUCAAAGAAAGAAAUACUUGAAAGUACAAUCAGUCAUAUCAUGCAGUUACAGGAAAACAUCAGGGAGGCUUACCUCCAGAAAGGGCUGAAAACAGAGGAUCUCAGAGCCUCUUUGCAAGACAGCAAUGCACUCAGUUUGAGCCAAGCUUGCUUUGGGGAAGUUGAUCGGCAAAAUGAUGCAGUCUUAAAGAAUUCAGAAGACUCAAGUAGCCCAUGCAGUACUCCAGAACUUACAAUCGAUGAACACUUGCCAGCUAGCUCAUUAUCGCCCAUCUCAGAGCCCAUCUCAGAAUUGAGCAGCCAAGGAUCAGUAGAGAGAGAGGAGAGUUCCACAAAACCUUUGCAAAAUGGCAACAGUGAGACACCUCUCAAUCACAUCAAGAGACCAAUGAAUGCCUUCCUGUUAUACAGUCAGCAGUACCGCAGGGCUUUCAAGGUAUUGUACCCUGGCAGAGAUAAUCGAGAGAUCAGCACAAUCCUUGCUAAACAUUGGCGGGAAAUGAAACCUGAACAGAAGGAGCCAUACAAGGAGAAAGCUAGAGAACUCAUGAGAAGAACAAAAGAAUCACAUCCAGAUUUCAAAUACUGUGAAGCAAGGAAAGAGACAGGCUUAGUCACAGCUAGUGCUAAUAGCAACAAGCAAGCAGGCCUGGAUGAAGGUUAUAGGUAAGGAUUUUAAGCGUUUAAUUAUUAAGCUCAAUCUGUCUGUAAAAUUUACAGAUAGGUGAUGAAAGUGUAGAAAAUUAGCAACUUUGGGUAUGCUAUAUAUCUCACUAAUUUUGAAGAACCAACCUCAAAUAAUAUCAUUGAGGGAAAUUAAUUUUAUUAGGUCCAACUACUAACUCAAUUCCUGUGUAGCGAGCUGAAGCAAAACCUAGUGUGCUAUUUGAUUUUGAAAAAAAAAUUUAAAAGGUUUUCAGUACUUACAGUGAUAUUAGAGAUGAAGCUGUCAAUGUCAACAGUAUUCUAAUUUUUUCUCUCUGCCAAUUCCUCCAGGAUUGGUUCUCACAUACUGCGACAAAGGUGUGUUGAUAACAUGAUUUAUUGUUCAUGUUAUAGUAGGACAGUAUAUUGAACAAUUAAAACUGUGAACUCAAGGUUUUUACUCGCGUGUUAGUUGGCUAUGAUUACAGCCACAAUAUUGAACCAUCAAAGUCAGUAGAAACCAAGAGAGAGUCUUCUUAAUAUGGUGUCAGCAUGAAUUACCCCCAGAUAACAGGUGCCUGUUUAAGCCAAACAGAAUGCAAUAGUUAGCUGCUUGGCUACAGUGACAAUUAUUUGUACAAGGUUUUGAUCAAUAAUUAAACAUUUUCCUGCAUUCCGUUUUCUUUAGAUCAGUCUAUGGCUCUUUUUUUUUUCAUAUAUGUUGUGCCCACUCGUAUGAGUCUACCCCCAUGAGGCAGAGUUCGUAUCUUUGAACAACAAAUACCUGUAGUAAAUCAUCUGUUGACUGGUUUGUACUGUUGCAGAAGUGCUAUAUACACAAUUACAAGUGGGAAAGGAUUAGAGCCAGCACUCAAAAAGAUCAAAUGUGAACCAGGUAAUUCAAACCCAGACUGUAAACAAUAAACCCUGAACAUGUAUUAGUUAACCAUAAAUACCACUGUUUCAGCUUUGACUUCCAUUGAAAGCAGUGACUGAGAAUAUUGCAUCUCCUCCCUAACGUAAUGUUAAUUGCAAUCAGUUGCAUGUUGCUCCUAGAGGACUGGCACUCAAGGGUGUUGUGGUUGUAAAAUGUUUGGGGAAAGACCCAAUACAACACAGCAACCUCAUCAUGGACUAAACCUUAGCUACCAAACAAUUUGAUCACCAUGCCAUCUGAAGAGCAAGCAACAUUUAAUUUCUCCCCAUAACAUUAAUACAACCAUCAAGCAUACAUGCCAGGAAAAUUAAAGAACUAGGUGAUCUCUCAGGAGGAGAAGGAGGGAAGUGCCACAGAAGUAGAGAGGUAAAGCACUGCUUGCUGGCAUUAAUGUCUGUAAGCUAGCUACUGUACAUUAUAUUAACACCAGAAACAGCACAAUAAUUUGUUUGAAUUGC